AUGCUACUCUACUCGGCGACGAUGGAUGCGUUCCAGACAACGCGUGGUCCAGCGCGAUGGGCACGGACCUUGGCCACGACGACGACGACGCCGGCGACGACGCUCGCUAGCCCUAGCGUCCUGCAGCACCUGGUGUGCCCCAUCUCCAAGCUGCCGCUCGAGCACCUCGAGGCCCAAGGCAUCCUCUUCUGCCGCGAGAUCCGCGUGGCCUACCCGAUCCGCGGUGGCAUCCCAAUCCUCGUGCCCACCGAAGGCCGCAUCGUGCCCGAGGACGAGCCGCUGCCCUCGCUCGCGUAGCUUGUGCCCAUGCGUUCGCCUUCCAUGGAUCCCAGUUACCCAUACGACGACCAAGGCCAUGCGACCACGGUCCACGGACCACGCCAGCGAAAAUAGAAAACAGCGUUCAAUCGAGUCGUCGCCUACUAGUAC